CGACGGAGGAGAAGGAGAAGGAAACGCUGAAGACGAAGAAAGUGGAGUGGGGGAAGUAUCGGCCGUCAGAGUGGGGAGCGCAAGGUGGAAGGAAGGUGGAGGAAAGGCGGUUGUGGUAGGGGAAGAGUGAGAGUACGGAGCAGAAAAGCAUAGGCCGCGCGCUGAGCCACGAGGGGCUAUUCGAGCGAGAAGGGGAGGGGAGACAAGGAACCCUGGCGGGGAGGGGACGCGGAGGCCUUCGGGGGGCCGACCAACCAGACGGCCGAUGAUGUCAUCGGGGGAGGAGACCGAGUAUUUCGCCCCCUACGGAGCAACCACGGAAAGCAAGCAACAGCAACUCCAGAAGAAGCAGAAGCGCACCAGACAGCGCGUGGACGCCGGCGAGCCGCGCAACAACUACUCGAGUAUACCGCACUUCACCUCCCGGCCAUCCUUCCACGGCGGUGGUCUAUACGGUUCGAUCUUUGGUGGCAACGGGCCAACGCACCCGCAACAGCAAUCGCAACAUCACCAGUCACAAUCGCAACAACAGUUCCAGCAACAACAAGCUGGAGCAGCAAUCGGUCAAGGUAACUUAGGUACAGUUACGACGGGGCCCACCGCUCAGCAGCAUUCCGCCCACGCGGCUUACGGUUUCUUCGGGGCACCGGGUUACGGCCCCGCCAAGAUGUUGAACGAGCUGCUCGGGCGACAAGUCAAGCAGGCCAGUGACGCCGGUGGUUCACCGCCAGAGGGCGGCCACGGGAUGACUGGCGCCGGCAUGGAUUCUGCCGCGAAUUUGCAAUCAGGUGCUGUAGUUAAUUGCGACGAUCCUGCUACCACCGAUCUCACGCAGCACAUGCUUCGUGACAUACUACAAGGGCGCAAGCUUACUGCGCUCUCGGUGCAGGAGCAACCCAACAACAAUAACAGUAUACACAGUAACAACAACAACACAACAACGGAUCUACUUAAGUCUCAGCAGCAACAUCAACAGAGUCCUCAACAACAGAAUAGUGAUAGUGCGCGUAGUGGAACAGUGCAGAGUGGUGGAGAGGAGAGUGUUGAUGGGAAUAACAUCGUGAAUAACGCGAAUCACAGUGAUCGUGAUACUGUGAUGCCGGGGGAUGCUGAGGAUAGCGCCGAGGACGCAGCCGCAGCUGCACGUGCCAUGGAAGAGGCGUUCGCCGAAGCUGGUAUGGAACCUGGGGCCAAUCUAGAUGGGUCGGACUGUGACCAAAGUUUACCACCCAGUCCCACGCAACCAAGGUCAGGGUCGGUGUCCGUCAAGGAGGAAAUACAGGAUUCAUUGAAUAUCAAACGAAGUCCGAGCAAUUCUCCUUGCCCGAUAGUACCAAAAACCGAGACCAGUUCGCCAACGACGGAAAUCAAACGUGCACGUGUGGAAAAUAUUGUCAGCACGAUGCGUAGCAGUCCUGCCCUUCAAACUACCACGGUGAACGGUUGUAAGAAACGGAAGCUCUAUCAACCUCAACAACAAACGGUACAUCACGUUCUCCAACACAGUGUCACCGACACCAUGAUAGACGACGAGGAAGAAAGCGAAGAGGAGGAAGAUCCUUCGACGAUCAGGCAAAAACGCGAGGAGAAGGAUAACCUCAAAAGUCAGUUAAAGUCGUUGCACGAGCAGUUAGCGCUAAUGCAGCAAAAGUACAAUGAGCUUUCAAGCAGAAUGGAACCAGACACGAGCGAGAGCGGUGAUGCGCCCGCCAGUCCUCAGCAUCAACCUCAACCACCACCACCACCCAGACCACCGCGACCUCAUCCACCGCAGUACAACGGCCUCCCAGCCAUACCACCUGAACACACGCACGCCUCGGCAGCUAUAUACCACAUGGGACACAAAGCCUACCUCGAACAGCAACACGCUGCUCUGGAGAGAAUGAAACAGCAUCAGGAGGCUGCUGCGAGGCAACAGCAGCAACAGCAACAACAACAACAACAACAACAACAACAACAACAGCUUCAACGGCAGACCCCUCCACCACCCCCUCCAAGUCAAACACAACAACAGAGUCAAAGCAAUACUGGCCCGUCCACGCCGCAAACGCCACAAAUGCAAUCGGCGAGUACGCCUCUUCAACAUAAGGACUUCCAUGAGAGGUUAAAUGUUUUUAGAGGUGCCGCAGCCGCAGUUGGCUCAUCGGGUCCACAUAUCACUGGUGCGGAUCUAGAAGGCUUGGCGGAUAUCCUUAAGACGGAGGUCACUUCGUCUGUAACGAACCUAAUCGACAGUAUAGUGACAAGAUUCGUGCAACAAAGGAGGUUUAUUGGUAAACAAAGUGAGGCGGCGCAAGUUGCUGCUGAACAAUUAAACAAGGAUCUUCUUUUGGCGAGUCAAAUACUCGAACGAAAAUCACCCAGGACGAAAGUAGUAGAUAGAGGAGCACCACAACCACCCGGUGGCCCAAACGGGCCACGGGGGCCCCACAGUGGCGGGCCCCCUCCUCCGCAGUCUACGGCUUUCCCUCAAAUCGGACUCAUGGGUGGUGGGCCCCAUGGUCCCCAUUCUGGCCCCACAGAAAAUAACAUUAAUCAAAUGAACACGUUACCCCCGCAUGUCAGACCGAAUGGCGGUAUAUUUCAGACGCCAAAACCGCCGACGAUAUACGCCAUGUCCUCCAUGCAGGCGCAGCAGCAGCAACAACAGCAACAACAUCAACAACAUCGUGAGCACCAGCAAAGAGAACAGCAGCAACGCGACCAAUAUUGCAACCUGAGGAGUGACGAGAGAGAAAGCAGGGAUUCGGAACAAAAUGAGGCCCUUUCGCUGGUCAUGACACCGAAGAAAAAACGUCAUAAGGUUACGGAUACGAGGAUCACACCGAGGACAGUGUCCAGAAUGUUGGCGCAUGAGGGUGGCGGUUCGCAAGGGGGAAAUGAGAGUCCACCGCCCCCACCUCCACCGAGACCUUACCACGGGGCACCACCGAUGCUGCCAGUGUCCCUGCCAACCAGCGUAGCGAUACCAAACCCUAGCCUCCACGAGAGUCAAGUGUUUUCGCCGUACUCACCGUUCUUCAAUCCUCACACGGGUCAUCCGGGUCAGGUACCACCCCGAGGAUCGCAUCACCUACCUGCGAGUCCUCCAGAUGGAAGUGUAGAACUCAGGGAUUCCCCGCCAUUGCCUCAUCCGCCAGCUAUAUUGCAUCCUGCCUUAUUGGCGGCUGCCCAACAUGGCAGUCCAGACUAUGGACAUCUCAGGAUGGACAGCAACGACCGAAGCAGCGAAUGCAACAAUGGCGACAUUAGCUACGACGGAGUUCCGCCUACAUCGUCAACGCUGACGCCGAUGCAUUUGAGGAAGGCGAAGCUAAUGUUCUUCUGGGUCAGGUACCCGUCUUCGUCCAUCCUCAAAAUGUAUUUCCCCGACAUCAAGUUCAAUAAGAACAACACAGCGCAGCUGGUCAAAUGGUUCUCCAAUUUCCGAGAGUUCUACUACAUCCAAAUGGAGAAAUACGCGAGGCAAGCGGUUUCAGAAGGAGUGAAGAACGUCGAUGAUCUUCGGGUCGGAGGUGACUCGGAAAUCUACCGGGUUCUCAACCUCCAUUACAACCGAAAUAACCACCUUGAGGUACCGAGCAACUUCAGGUAUGUCGUCGAACAGACGUUGAAAGAGUUCUUCAAAGCAAUCCAGGGCGGCAAGGACACCGAGCAGAGUUGGAAAAAGUCGAUCUACAAGGUGAUCUCAAGGCUGGACGACCCAGUGCCGGAGUACUUCAAGACCCCGAACUUCCUGGAGCAGCUCGAAUGA